UCUUCAUAAUUGCGUACCUCGUGAGCUCUUGACGGUCAUCAUAUCCGACGGAGUUACUUCGGCCAUGGCGGCGGCGGCGGUUAAGCCGCUUCUAUCUGUGCUUUCUAAACACAAAUACCGCCGAUGCAAUAAGAAGAAGAAGUAUCCAGGCUUCUACAUCUUCCACUCUCCUCAAAGGAACCAACCUUUUACUUCUUUGAGCUCCGGCUAUUGGAGAAGCGCCGGAAUCCCCUAUGCUACCUUACUUUGCGAAGAGCGCACAAGAAGCAUUGAUUCCGAAAUCCAGGAGCUAUGUCUAAUGGGUAAUCUUGAAGAAGCCAUGAAGUCAAUUUCUAGCCUCAAUUACGAGGAUUUUACAAGGCUGGACUCCGAAACUUACUGCUAUGUUCUCCAACUCUGUUCUGAUCUCAGAUUGCUUCACCAUGGAAGUAACCUUCAUUCCCUCAUUUCCUCCUCUAGACUUGAAAUGGAUUCCAAUUUGGGCUCUAAACUGGUCUCAAUGUACGUCAACUGCGGGGAUUUGAGAAAUGGAAGAAUGCUGUUCGAUAGAUUGACGUUCAAAGAGAAUCCUUUUCUAUGGAAUUUGUUGAUGAGUGCGUACGCCAAGAUCGAAGAGUACAUAGAGACCAUCAUUCUUUUCCAAAGUAUGUGGGAGCAUGGAACCAAUCCCAAUUCUCGCACCUUCUCCUGUGUCCUGAAGUGCUUCACUGCUUUGGGCCAUCUUAGCCAUGGGAUGGCAGUUCACGGUUAUCUUCAAAAACUAGGUCUUUUUGAUAAUGGUAGUGCUGUUGGAAAUGCUCUCAUCGCAAUGUAUUCUAAAUGCUACUGUAUCAACACUGCAAUAAAUGUGUUCGAUAAAAUGCCUGUUAAGGAUAUUAUAUCCUGGAAUUCAAUAAUCCAUGGUUGUGUUUCUAGAGGAAUUUUUAACAAAGGACUUGAGCUGUUCAGUGAAAUGUUAUUCUCUGGAAUGGAUAUAGAUCUUGCAACUUUAGUUAGUGUUCUACCAGCUUUUGCAGAAAUAGGAGACCUUGCUCAAGGCCGAGCGCUCCAUGGAUAUUCAAUAAAAGCAGGUUUUGUUAAGGAGGUAAAUCUUAAUAACUCUUUGCUUGAUAUGUACUCUAAAUGCUUGGCUGUUGGGAAUGCUGUUCAAAUAUUUGAGAAGAUGAGUGGAAGAACCAUCGUGUCUUGGACAUCGAUGAUCUCUGGAUAUGCUAUCAAUGCACAGUACGAAGAAGCAAUUUCCUUGUUUGAAGAAAUGGAAGCAGAAAAUAUGGAACCUGAUCUACAUUUUAUAACCUGCGCUCUUCAUGCCUGUGCCUGCAGUGGAUCAUUAAACCAUGGUAAGCAUAUACAUGACUAUGCCGUCAGGAAUGGAUUGGAUUCUCAUAUCUUUGUUGCCAAUGCACUUAUGGACAUGUAUGCCAAAUGUGGUAAUAUGGAAAAUGCUAGAGAUGUCUUUGAUCAUACUGCAGAUAAGGAUAUGAUCUCAUGGAACACGUUGAUAGGUGGUUAUGCUAAGAACUCUCUUCCGAAUGAAGCACUUCAUUUGUUUGUGAAAAUGCAGUUACACAUGCUACCUAAUUCCACAACAAUGGCCUGUAUACUUCGUGCUUCCGCUAGCCUUUCUUUACUUGAAAAAGGAAGAGAAAUGCAUGCCUACAUAAUCAGGGUUGGGAUUCAAGAAUGCAGCUUUGUCAUGAAUGCUCUUGUCGACAUGUAUUCAAAAUGUGGUGCAUUAGUAUUGGCUCGUCAGCUGUUUGAUCUAAUGGAUUUUAAAGACAUCGUUUCAUGGACUGUGGUAAUUUCAGGUUAUGGCAUGCAUGGCCAUGGCAGAGAAGCUCUUGCAAUAUUCAAGCAGAUGAGGCGUAAUGGAAUAAAGCCUGAUGGUGUUUCGUUCGUCGCCAUCUUAUAUGCCUGUAGCCAUUCUGGAUUAAUAGAUGAAGGAUGGAGAUUCUUCAAUGCGAUGAGAAAUGAAUACAAGAUUGAACCUACAAUUGAGCACUAUGCCUGUAUGGUUGAUCUGCUUAGCAGAGCUGGGAGAUUAGCUAAAGCAUACAACUUCAUCGAGUCAAUGCCAAUGGUGCCGGAUGCGACAGUUUGGGGUGCUUUGCUUUGUGGUUGCAGAAUUCACAGAGAUGUGAAACUUGCAGAGAAAGUUGCCGAACGAGUUUUUGAAUUAGAACCAGAGAAUACAGGAUAUUACAUUCUGCUUGCAAAUAUAUAUGCAGAGGCUGAGAAAUGGGAAGCCGUGAAGAAGCUAAGGGACAGUAUUAAAAGAAAAGCAUUAAGGGGCUGCACUUGGAUAGAAGUGAGGAGUAAAGUUCACAUCUUUGUUGCAGGAGAUAAAUCUAACUCGCAAUCGAAGAAGAUCGAAAUUUUUCUUGAUGAUGUGAGGAGAAGAAUGAAGGAAGAGGGAUAUGCUCCGAAAUGGAGAUAUGCAUUGAUCGAUGCAGAGGAUCGUAUUAAGGAAGAAGCUCUUUGUGGGCACAGCGAGAAGCUAGCUAUAGCUUUUGGAAUAUUGAACACAAUAGAAGGGAAGCCUAUUCGUGUAGCUAAAAAUUUGAGAGUAUGUGGAGAUUGUCACGAGGUUGCUAAGUUCAUCUCGUACAUGACAGCAAGAGAUAUUAUUUUAAGGGACAACAAGCGGUUUCACCAUUUUCAACAAGGACGCUGCUCUUGUAGAGGCUAUUUGUGAAACACGAGCAUAUAUAAUUAUUUUCCAUUCCAUAACAAAGUAUAACUCUUAGCUGCCUCGUGAAAAAUAGGAGUAAUGCUAAACCACCAAAAAAAUGUUUAUAUGAGAAAUGCUAUUUUUUAUCACAUCAGAUCAAUGCAUUUCUAGCAUCAUCUCCGAAGCAUAUAUUUUAAAAAAAAAUGUUUCUUCUAGUAUUUAUUUGUACACUUUUAAAUACCAAGUAAUGUUUUUGUACAACUACA